AUGGCGACAGAGGAGAAGCAAGAGAGGCCCGUCACCUACCCGUGGCUGAAGGACAAAGUGCUUGGGACGGGAGGGUUUGGCACAGUCAUGUUAUGGCGUCCUGCGAUACCGGAAACAAUAGCCCUGAAGAAGUGUCGUUGGGGCACACCAGGCACGGGUACAGAAAAUAUCCUCACUCCCAAGCAUGUUGAGCGCUGGGAGAAGGAGGUGGAGAUCAUGAACAGACUGAGUCACUCGGCCGUCGUCAAGUGUUUCCAAGUUCCGCCAGAGUUAAUGGGACCCCCGGGAGACCUUCCUAUGUUGUGCAUGGAGUACUGCAGCGGGGGAGACCUGAGGAAGGUUCUGAACAAGCCUGAAAACUGCUGCGGGCUCCGUGAAGCUGCGGUGAGGGCGUGCAUCAGGGACAUGACCGAGGCGGUGGCGUACCUACACUCCAUGAGGAUCAUCCACAGGGAUCUGAAGCCGGAAAAUAUAGUUCUUCAGGAUGUUGAUGGAAAGAUUGUGUAUAAACUCAUUGAUCUUGGGUAUGCCAAAGAACUAGACCAUAGCAGCGUUUGCACAUCCUUCGUGGGCACCCUGCAGUACCUGGCCCCAGAGCUGUUCCUCAGCAAGCGCUACACCUGCACCGUGGACUACUGGAGCCUGGGCCUCGUCACGCAUGAAAUCAUCACGGGUGUCAGGCCAUUCUUGCCAAACAUGACUCCUGUGGAAUGGAUGAAGAGAGUCCAGCAAGCA